UCUGCUUUUGGGGUGUAAACCGAUAUUGCGCCCUGCGUUCAUACAAAAGGACGGAACAUGCAGUGAACUUGGGUGUAUGCUGCGCAUGUUUCGAUUUCGCGCUCCACGAGAUCAAGGAAGUCGAUGGCUGCAACAGUCAGUUUUCUGCUUGAUGUAGCAAUCGUGUAUGUAGGAGUUCUGGUCUUCAGUUCAACAGCGAAUGACUGGUUUUGCGAGUCACCAAAUAGUGAAUCUAGACUGUGUUUCAGCUGCGAUAGAAAGAAUUGGGCAAAGGCAAAUCGGACAUGUGGGAAUGAGGGUGGUCGUCUUGAGUCUCUGUUCAGCAAUGGAACGGGUACAUGUGGACAUGUGAUAUCUAUAAAAGAGAUUCGUGAUAAUAGAAAUAAAACAUGGAGUGAUAGUUGUAAAAAAAACAACUCAACAACUUUUCAGUUGUGGAAUUCAUUCCACGAGCAGAAUAAGUCUUGCACAUUUAUCAAAAUUGACUUACAAGGACAAGGAAACUGUCUAGAGAGAAAAAAUGAAGAUUGUGCAAAAUCCUGUUACUUUGCAUGCAGGCUACCAUUACGUGAGAGCACAUCUUCAUCACCACUGUCAACUACGAGUUUACCUACUACUAGAAAUUCAUCUACUACUAGAAGUUCAUCUACUACUAGAUCAAACGCAUUGGUUAUUGGCGGCAGUGUGGCAGCAGGAUGUAUCAUUAUUGCUGUUGUGGCAGUUGUAAUUAUAUGUGUUUGGUUGAAAUGGAGACGGAAGCAGGUCACUUUUCAUCACAAGAAAGAGGUUAAGAAGGAUUCUUGCAAUGGUCAGGGUGUUCACUUAACCAACAUCAGCUACGAUGGUUCAGUCUCUCAGACGUUGUCCAGCGAUGUGACUGAUGCUGACCACCGUUAUGAUGGAGUAAAGUUUUGUGGUGAUAAGACAGCAACUGUGAAGACGGAUGUUACAGAAGACUCGAGUUUUGCAUACGCCUAUGCAACUACAUCAGUAAACAGUCGAUCUGGUGUACAAGGCAAUGACGUUAAAGUUGACUGCUCAUCUUGUGUUGUUAUUAUGCCUGCUGUGCCUCAAUAUUCAGACGCUGAUAGGGUUUACGACUCUGUCAUUCCAUGUGAUGACAGCAUCUAUUGGCAGCCUGCCAAAUCAGUCGAAAAACUGUAUGCUCAGUUUGCCGGCAAGAGGUUCCGCAUGAUUCAACGAUGUGACAUCGUCAUUCAAGAGACACUCGGAUCAGGGGAGUUUGGUACGGUUGCCAAGGGAACGUGGAUGGGAUCUGAAGGUGGUGUGGCCGUUGCAGUGAAAAUGUUGAAUUCUUCGUCUAACGAGGACAGAGUCCGGUUUCUACAGGAGGGAGCCAUCAUGGGGCAGUUCAAACACAAAAACAUUGUGGCUCUACGAGGUCUCGUCUUGGACGGAGAACCGUUAAUGGCGGUAAUCGAGUUUAUGGAGAAUGGAGACUUGAAGCAAUACCUACAGUCUGUUAGUGAUGUAUCGGAUUUGUCGAAGGAUCUAUUGAGAAUGGCACGCGAAAUAGCGAGUGGCAUGGAAUAUCUGUCACAGAUGGCGUUCAUUCAUCGGGAUCUGGCUGUGAGGAACGUCAUGCUCGACAGUAACUUUACGUGCAAGAUUGGUGAUUUCGGUCUGUCACGUGAUCUCUCCGAUAGUGAGUACUACAUAACGAAUGGUGGUAAGAUACCUAUUCGGUGGACGGCUCCUGAGGCGGUCAUGUAUCGCAAGUAUUCAGCAGCCAGCGAUGUGUGGAGUUACGGCAUCGUUCUGCACGAAAUCUGGACAAUCGGCCGACGACCAUACGAUCCAUCAUGGAACAAUGAUUACGUCAUGAAAAUGGUAGAAGCUGGUUAUCGUCUUCCACCUCCACCCGGUUGCUCUCGUGCCAUCUACGAUCUAAUGAUCAGAUGCUGGCAUCCGGAUCAUCAUCUGAGACCAAAGUUUGAUCAAAUCGCGUGUGAGCUUGGUGUACAUGAUCGCGAACUGCUGACGAAUGGUCCUGGUGUGGAAUCAAUACGAGGGAGACUGGGAGAAGACGUGGACACUACAGGUGAUCUAUACGAUGACUUGCAACGUGCUUAUUUAGGAAUGAGCACCACCCGGUAAAUGUGUAAAGAGACAGGGAGAUAGCUUUAGUUUCUGAAUUUAUGUGUGCAGCUGCCGUAACUUACUAGAAUGGUUUUGUAGACGUUUCAUGGUUUCAUGCACAGCGCUUGUGCUUUUGAUUUAGUCUAUUGCUGCUGAGUUUG